GAUUAGAUGAAGAUUGACCCUAAGCUACAAAGUAAACGAAGAUUGAAAGCAAGCUCUCCAGGAUGUCUUGCAACUAUGCCGAUGGACUUAGUCCUUAUGAAAACAAGGGCAAACUCGGUGCCCCUGAGAAGUUUGAUUCCCGCGACGAAGUUGAGGAAAAGGUGAGUAAGUUAGCUGAAUGGGUCAAAGCUGCUAAACAUAUUGUCGUCCAUACUGGAGCUGGUAUCAGUACGUCAGCCGGUAUUCCGGAUUUUAGAGGACCUAAGGGAGUCUGGACCCUAGAGAAGAAAGGUUUAAAACCUGAUAUAAAUGUAUCCUGGGAUGAUGCUAAACCUACCUACACUCACAUGGCCCUUGCCAGGCUAGUAAAUAUGGGGAAAGUCAAGUUCGUAAUAACUCAAAACAUUGAUGGACUGCAUCUCAGAUCCGGAAUACCACGUGUUAAUAUCUCUGAGCUUCACGGAAAUAUGUUUGUUGAUCAGUGCGAGAAAUGCAAAAAGAUGUUCGUCCGUGACUCCCCUGCCCCUACCGUAGGACUUAAGAUCUCUGGCACUACCUGUCCUGCGUACCGAACUGACGGGCGAAAGUGCCGUGGAAAGUUGCGGGAUUUUGUGCUGGAUUGGGAGGAUUCCCUGCCGGACGACGACCUCACUAUAUCCGACGCUCACUCCAUGAAAGCAGACCUAAGCAUUGUAAUGGGAUCAACUUUACAAAUUAUACCUGCUGGAAACAUGCCAACAUAUACUAAGAAGUAUCAGAGUGACGGAAAACUGGUAAUAUGCAACCUACAACCAACUAAACACGCUAAACGAGCAGAUCUCAAUAUUCAUACUUACAUCGAUGACGUGAUGAAGCUUCUAAUGCAAAAGUUAGGCGUGAGCAUAGAUGAAUAUGACCCAGCCAAGGAUCCUGUUAAACGAGUCAAGAACAAUCAACUCCCUGAGCAAGGCUACCUGGAUUGGACCCAGUGUUCUGUUACCUCGCGUGAGAUGAAGAAGGUUGGAGAUGCCAUUCAUGAAGCCUUCCUUAAACAGAAACGAGAAGAGAAGAAGAGAAAGUACCUGGAUGUUGCAAGGGAAAAUAAGCUACGGAAAAGAGACGAAACGGAGGAGCUAGAGGACGAUAUGGAGGAAACCAAAGACGAGAUAAUUGAGACGAAACCAGAUAAAAUUGAACUAACUGCCCUGGUAAACGGCAAGAACGUCAUUAAAGACGAAAAGCAAAUUCUGAACGAGACGAAAGUGUGUAAAACAAAUCUGGAAGAAACGACUGGAUGUGACGAGAUGUUAAAUAUUCCAAGCUAAAGCUCCUGUGCCUUUUUUUCUACUUUGUCCUGGUUUAAAACAUUGCUUUCAAUGUAAUAUGAAAAAAGAAUUACUGCGAGUUAAAAUGUUUUGUAAUUAUUGAAGGUUUAGGCUCAGUUUUUUAUGAUUUUAAGUAGAACUGCGGUUAUCGUUAACGGGCAUUUUAUAUUUCAGAA